GUUAACAAAACAGCUGACUAUUUUUUGCUCACAUUCAUGUUUUUUCGCCGCGGUGUAGAGUUAAUGUCAAACUUUGUUUACGUUUGGUUAAUGUAUGCAAAAUGUCAAAGUUUGUUUAUAUUUUUAAUUUGACAUUUAAAAGUGUGCUUUUAAAAGUAAAACUAAAUUUAUAAUCAAAUUGUGAAAAAUUCAGCCUCUUCGCCGUGUUAACAUUCUACAAUGAAUGUGCUCUGAAAUAGAAGAAGGAAAAUUUAUGGAAAAUAUUUCAAAGAAAAAUUAUAAACAUAAACAAAAACGAAAAAAAAAAAUACAAAAAUAAUAAUAAUUAAAAACACUUAUUUAAAUGGAUACCAAUGUAAUUAUAAUAAAUGAAGUUAAAAAACAUGAUUGUCUCUACAACAAACAAUCAGAAUCAUAUAAAGACUUUGUUUACAAGAAUUCUUUGUGGAGUAAAAUUGGCAGUGGUCUUGGAUUACCGGCUGAAAAAGUCAAGAAAAAAUUUCGGAAUUUACGUGAUGCCUACACGAAGUACAAAAAAUUUGUGGAGAAACCAGAGAGUGAUAUCUUACGCAAACCUUAUAAAUAUGCUCAACAUCUAACUUUUUUAGAUGAACUAAACACAGCAGAAUUUUCUCUAGAUAUAUCUGCUGAAUACUGUAGCGAUUUAGAAGAUACAUUUUUUAAAAAAAGAAGAUUGGAAUCUGAAUAUUUUGAAGAAUCAUCACAGGAUCCAUUUGAAUUAAUAGAUAACACUGCCAAUUCAACUAAAGAUUUCCAAAUAAGUGAGAGGAGCAUUAAGUGUAAACGCUUUACCCGUGAACACAGUCCUCAAAAUAGUGAAAUAGUGAGCACAACUAAAAGAAAAACUAAACAAAAGACGAAAAACUGUACAAUGCAAUUAUUUCAAUGUUUGGCUAAUAAAUUGACCGAAGCAAAUUUAACGGAGGAACAAAAAAAUAUUAUUGAAUGUUCAGUUUGUAGGCUGGUUUAUUCGAAAAUAAUUGAAUAUACAAAAGAUAGUGCUAGUAGUUUAUAAUUUUUUAGUAAUAUAGAAUAAUUUUUAACGUUUUUAAAAGGGUUUUAGAAGUAUAGGCUUCUUCAAUCUCCAUAUUUUAUGAAUUAAUGUAAUCUUUUGUUGAAUUUGUUAAGAAAUUAUUAAUAUUUAUAAGUUUCUCUAGAAUAAGAAAAUUGGAAAAUAAAAAUUGUAUAA